AUGGAAUUCAAGGCCUCAAGUGCCAUCAAGCACAUAAAUUUUGAUCUAAAGAGUGCGGGGGAGAAGAGGCUCCUAGACUUGCAUGAGCUAGAGGAAUUGCGUAUGAACGCAUAUGAUUCGGCAAGUAUCUACAAGGCCAAGUCUAAGGAAUAUCAUGACCGGAAUAUCCCAAAGAAGGACUUUCAAGAAGGUGAGAAAGUCCUAUUCUUCAACUCGAAGUUAAAUCUUUUUCCAGGAAAACUCAAAUCUCGGUGGAGCGGCCCCUUUGAGGUAAGGAAAGUGUUGCCUUAUGGUUCAUUGGAGCUUUGGAACAAAGACAAAUGCGACUUCUUCAAGGUCAACGGUCAUAGAGUGAAAAAGUAUUUCGAAGGAGCCCACAUUGGGACGGUUUGCACAACACAUCUCCAAGCAAUCACUUGA